UGAGGAUUGCCGAUCUGAGGGCGGAGGGGUCGAUACGGCAGCCCAUGAAGGCGCGGGUCUCGUGCAAGUGAGUGGGGAAAUGAACGGGCAGGAACGGGACAUCCCAUUGUGGGUGCGUUGAAUGUGACGGCCUGCCUGCCUGCCUGCCCGUGUGCGUGUUAGGGAGGAGUUGAAGGGCUUCACUGGCAAGAACGGGAAGCCUGGGAAGCGGUUUACCUGCCUCCUCACCGAUGAGAGUGUACGUCGGGAUGGAGGGGAGGGAGGGGCACGCCCCAUUGCCUGCCAUGAUCCCCCCUGUCCAUGUGUGUGUGUGUGUGUCCUUAAGGGCGAGAUUAGGGCGUGUUUCUUCUACGAGGCUGCCGAUCGAUACCACGGCAUGCUGCAGAACGGACAAGUGAGGACAGACAGACAGACAGACAGGCAAACAGACAGAAAAACCGCUGGAGUGAUUGCAUGGAUCGACCCUUCUGUGGUCUAUCUGCUGGAACUGCGUGUGCAGGUGUACAGUUUCUCUCACUUCUCUGUUAAGGAGGCGAACCGGUCGGUAGGGAUGGCAUCCAUGGCAUCCAGAACAAGAAGACGAUACACAUCACAUCACAGACACCCUUGGUCGGUCCGCAGGCAAUUCAACCGGACGGGCGACUACGAAGCGAUGUUCCACAGCAGCUCCUCUGUCGAGCCUGCUCAAGAUGACGGGACCAUACCCCUGCAGGCCACGUAAGCCAGAUGUCAUCUGUUCUCUCUGUCUGUGUGUGCGUAUGUGUGUGUGUGCGGUUGGUUCGUGCAGGCAUCCUCACCAGAAGAUCGUGCAGAUCAAGCAGCUGCCGACCAAGAGCAACGUCAACCUGCUCGGCAUCAUCACCAAAGCAGACAACAUCAGCCACCGGGUGAGCCUUGACACGCACACACACACAGAGAGAGAGAAGGGAGACAUCUGUUGCUGCUGUGUGUCGCCUGCACAUGCUCUGACCAGGGCGGCAGCAGCCACCGCACUCUGCGUGUGGUCGACGACUCAGAAGCGGCCAUCGAGGUGACCCUCUGGGGCGACAAGAUCACGCAAAGCCAGAGGGUGGACUUCAACGACGGCGACAUACACACUAUAGACAUCAAGGGUCACACACACACACAGACAGACAGACAGACGGAGGGAGGAAGUGGAUCGUAUCACCUGUGUGUGUGUGUGUGUGUGUGUGCGUGCGCUUAGGUGGUUCGACAGGUGAGUACAGAAACCAGAAGAACGUGCAGGUUGGCGGCAUGGCCUGGAUGGCCAUCGACUCGGACCGGCCAGAGGCAGCAGCACUGAAGACAUGGUACAUACAGGUGAGCGCUUUCACCAACCAUCCCAUCGAUCGUUGGCCAGCACACAGACAGAAAACCCGAGAGACGUUUUCUUGUGUGUGUGUGUGUGUGUGUGUCCGUAUCUGCAGACAGGUGGCAAUGUCAAGCGAAGACGGACCAGACAAGUGAGCAGCCUACCCUACACAGAGGCGGCCCGCUUACGUACUUGCAUUUCUCUCUCACCUUCUCGUGUUUCCUUUCCUUUGUGGUGUGCAGGGCCCCCGACCCUCAUCCCCUCCCUCCCUCUUCCCGCCCUCAUGCGGCCGCUACACCAUCACCGACGUGACCUGUGAGAUGCAGGAGAAGGUCGCCACGCUCUUCGACAAGACCUCCCACGCCUCUGGCUGCCCCCACUCCACCAACCUGCGGGCCAGCAAUGUGGUCAAGGUCCUCCGUGUGACCGACCCAACUCGGAUCUUCCAGUACAACGCCAAGAGACGGGAGAUCCAGGAGAAGCUCGCGCGGCGGCGGGAGUGCGGCAACACUGGCCAGGCGUAUGUGGUGCCCUUCGACGCGACAAUCCGCCCCCACGCCCUGCUCAAGAACCUCAAUGGCCACUCCUCCUCCUCCUCUCGCUCAGCAGAUGAGGGAAUGGGUGAGUCGGAGCAGCUGAGCGAGACGGUGGAUUCCUCGAUCAACGAGUGCUGGCUGUUCCACGGGACCAACGCUGCGCACAUGACCGACAUCCUGCGGGACGGCAUCGACUUCCGCGUCGGCAGGGAGGGCGGGAUGUUCGGACCAGGCAUGUACUUCGCCUCGGAGGCCUGCAAGAGUGAGUGAGCCAAGGACUGAGGGAGGGAGGGAGGGAAAGACAGAGAAAGAGGUGCGUGGAUGCACAUCAGAUGUGUGUGUGGAUGGAUGGGUGGGUAUGCAGGUCACUGCUACGCAUCUGGUGGCCGCCCCUACUGCGUCAUCCUCCUGUGCCGUGUGUUGCUGGGCGACAUGUACUUCGCCAAACACGCUGACCCGAGCCUGCGCCGCCCCCCUGUCCGCGAGGCGCCGGCAGGGUCGCCGAUGGAGCGUGACUUGUACGACAGUGUGGUGGGCAAGAAGGACAGCACCUCGUGCGAUAGCUCGGGAAUGUUUCGCUACAACACCAUGAAGCUCAACCACAAUGAAGUCAGUGAGUGAGGAGCAUGAGCUGCAGGGGUGACGUCAUAUGGUUUGUGUGUGCAGAUGAUAGUCUACGAUCGGUCGCAGGCUUACAUCGAGUACAUCAUCUCCUAUGAGAAUAAUUAGCGGGGCGGCAGGUGGCUUGUGAGGAUGAGGGUGGGUGUGCUGCAUGCACACAGAGUCCGCCUUGCGCACUGAGCGGCUUAGUACUGACGUCGACCUUCGCUG